AUGCCACAGCAGAACAACUCUGGACUCAGCGGGCAGAGAGCACAGGCUCAGGUGGUGGACAUUUCUGCUGCCAUGGACUGGGGCUUGUCUCUGAACCGUUCCUGGGAGAAUUCACCUCCUGUUCCAGCUUCAUCUUCCUCUCCGUCAGCAUCUGACUCUUCUGCCUCAUCCUCCUUCUCUUCCUCCUUUAACUCCUCUCACUCCCUGCUCUCGGCCUCCCCGUUCUUAGCCUCUUCCUUUUCUGGACUCGAUCUUCUGUUUGACCUCAAGCUCCUCUUCAUCCCUCUCUACUCUGCUGUGGUGCUGAUUGCCUGCUGUGGCAAUCUGCUCCUGCUCUUGCUCAUCUCGCUCAACAAGAAGAGACACAACACCACCAACUUCCUCAUCGGCAACCUGGCACUGGUCGACCUGGUCAUGUGCGUCUUCUGCGUCCCGUUAACAGCCUCCUACGCCUUCGACAAGCGCGGAUGGAUAUUUGGAUGCUUUAUGUGUCACUUUGUCACCAUCAUGCAGUCUGCAGCCGUCUACGCAGCCGUCCUGUCCCUCAUGGCCAUCGCAGUGGACCGCUACAUCGUUGUGGCCUAUCCCAUUCGCAAGAGAGCGGGUUGCCAGUUCUGCUGGGGUCUGGUGGCCCUGAUCUGGCUGUCGUCUCUGGCUCUGUCCACACCCACAGCGCUGCACACCGUCUACCUGGACCUGCAGGCUGCGGGCCUACAGAUGGCCGUGUGUGAGGAGUUCUGGCAGGGACAGGAGCGAGGCCGCCUCAUCUACUCCUGCUUCAUCCUUUUCUUCUCCUACUUUGUCCCACUGGCAGCUGUCUCUGUCUCCCACUGCGCCAUUUCCUACCAGCUGAGACAGAGGACCAAAUCGGACCUGAUGCCAUCUUCAGCUCUGAGGUCUGCCCGGGCCGCCUGGGGCAGGAGGAGGAGGAAGACCUUCUAUGUGCUGCUGGUGUCUGUGCUCUGUUUCGCCUUCUCCUGGCUCCCCAUACAGGUGGUGAAUCUGAUCCGAGACCUGGACACAGACUUCGCCAUCCUGGGGAAGAACUACGUGAACGUCAUCCAGGUGUCGAGUCACCUGUUCGCCAUGAGCUCCACCUGCUACAACCCCUUCAUCUACGCCUCGCUGCACGACAAGUUCCUGUCCUACCUGUGUCAUCACUUUCUGUCCUGGCGGAGAGGAAAAGGAAGAGAGAGGGGUCAAGGGUCAUGUGUGCUGACAGUGUCGCACAGACUGCCACGCCCUCCCGUCUCCUCCGCUCAGGCGGCUACACACAGUGCAGCUGAGAAUAAUAAUACCAAUAUCCCUCAAGGCGGCUACUGA